UACCUCAGGAGCGUUAUCCUCGCUGAGGCUUGAGGCAGCCGAGACCUGUCAGAAGCCGAAGCGGCGCGAUGGCGGGUCGAGGCGCGGCUUGGAGGCCGUGGCUUCCGCUCCUUUUGUUGCUCGUGUGGCGGGGCGGCGGGGUCCGGGCGGCGGUGCAUAUCAAGAAAGCCGAGGCCGCUUCUUUUUCUUCUUCUUCUUCUUCCUCGGAGGCCCCGCAUUACUUGGACGACGCCGAGCUGGGCGAGACGCUGAGGCGGAUUUCUGAGGAAGAAGCUUCGCGAGGCCUGGCGCGGCGCUUCUCCAUCGGCCGCUCCAACGAAGGGCGCGAGCUGUGGGUGCUGCGCCUCAGCGAAGGCCUCCCGGACGGCGGCGGCGGCGGCGGGCCUCCCUUGGCGGGCCGCCCUCAGGUGAAGCUGGUGGCCAACAUGCACGGCGACGAAACGCUGGGCCGGCAGUUGCUGGUCCGCCUGGCCCGGGAACUGGUGGCCGGCUGGGCCCGCGGGGAUCCCCGAGCCCGCCGCCUCCUCAACGCCACCGACCUCUUCCUCCUGCCCAGCCUCAACCCGGACGGCUUCGCGCGAUCCCGGGAAGGGGACUGCCAGGGUGUCGGCGGGCGGGAGAACGGACGGGGCCGCGACCUCAACCGCAGCUUCCCCGACCAGUUCGCAACCUCACAGCUGGAUCUGGCCGACGUGCCCGAAGUGCGCGCGCUGAUGGAGUGGAUGCGGCGCAACCGGUUUGUGCUUUCUGGGAACUUUCAUGGGGGAACUGUUGUUGCAAGCUAUCCAUUUGAUGACUCAAAGUCGCACAAGUCCUCUGGGAUAUACAGUAAAUCGGCUGACGACGAAGUUUUCAAAUACCUAGCCAAAGCCUACGCAUCAAACCAUCCCAUCAUGAAAACAGGCACCCCAAACUGUCCUGGGGAAGAGAAAGAAACCUUCAAAGAUGGCAUCACCAACGGAGCUCAGUGGUAUGAUGUAGCAGGUGGAAUGCAAGAUUAUAACUAUGUUUGGGCUAACUGCUUUGAGGUCACAUUUGAACUUUCCUGUUGCAAAUACCCACCAGCUUCUCAGCUUGAGCAAGAAUGGCUGAAUAACCGGGAAUCUUUGCUCACUUUCAUUGAAAAAGUGCACAUUGGAAUUAAAGGAUUCGUGAGAGAUUCGGUCACUGGGGCUGCCUUGGAAAAUGCAACCAUUGCUGUGGCUGGAAUUGCUCACAACAUUACGACUGGACAGUUUGGUGACUAUUACAGACUGUUGGUGCCUGGGACCUAUAAUAUCACAGCUUCCGUCCCGGGUUACCUGCCAGUCACCACGGAGAACGUUGAAGUGAAGGAAGAAAACGCAACUGUAGUGGACUUUUCCUUGCAUCCUACAGUCACAGUGUUGACUUCCAGCCCCACCAAGGAAGCUCUGAUAACCACCAGCAACUCUCUUGACAGUGCAGCAACUACCACCGCUGUAAACAGAACAGCCUCUGCUCGGCAGGUGAUCCAGCCGGAUGAUUUUCGCCAUCACCAUUUCCCUGAUAUGGGUAUCUUUCUGAGGAAAUUUGCCACUGAGUACCCAAACAUCACCCGACUCUACUCGGUGGGCAAGUCAGUGGAGCAAAGGGAAUUGUAUGCCAUGGAGAUAUCGGAUAACCCAGGCAUUCAUGAAGCAGGUGAACCAGAAUUCAAGUACAUUGCCAAUAUGCACGGCAACGAAGUGGUAGGAAGGGAAUUGCUCCUCAACCUCAUUGAGUACCUCUGCAAGAACUACGGAACCGAUCCUGAAGUGACUGACUUGAUCCAAAAGACUCGGAUCCAUAUCAUGCCAUCGAUGAACCCCGAUGGCUAUGAGAAAUCUGUAGAAGGAGACGUAUCGGGAAUUUUCGGAAGAAACAACAGCAACAACUACGAUUUGAAUCGGAACUUUCCGGAUCAGUUCGUCCAAAUCACCGAUCCCCUGCAGCCAGAAACCAUAGCUGUGAUGAACUGGCUGAAGACCUACCCUUUUGUGCUGUCGGCCAAUUUGCAUGGAGGAUCUCUGGUGGUUAACUACCCCUAUGAUGAUGAUCAGCUAGGAGUUGCCACAUACAGUAAAUCCCCUGAUGAUGCUGUUUUUCAGCAGCUAGCUCUUGCCUAUGCCAAGGUAAUAAUUAUUGGAAGGUGUCUCCCAACGGAUCCUGAAACCUCUGAGAUCCACUAG